GAGGGAGGACACUGUGCCUCUGCAGAGAUUUUAACUUCUCAUUCCUGGAUUUACUUUGGAAUAUUUCGCCUUUGCGUUGCUGUGGAUUGUUUUUCUGUGCCACUUUGAGCUGUCACUAUGUACGGACUUUGCAGGAGGCGAGGAUGCGCUGAAAAUUUUGGAAACCUGAUCAGGAUUUUUGGGCCUGGUUUUUCAUCCUAAACAGUGUGGUAACUGCCUGUCUGACUCCAACGGUCCAGCGGGACGGUCAUCAUGGGCCGAACACCACACAGAGAUCAGAAAGAGGAGAAGAAGGAGAGACGGAGCAGCAUCACAGCGGGCUCUGCUCUCGACAAAUCCAAUGAACCAUUCAGCUGGGAAGAAUAUCUGAGAGAAACCUCCUCCAUCGCAGCAUCGCCUACGUGCUUCAAACAGUCCAGGGUGCCCCCCUCCAAUGACUUCAAGGCAGGCAUGAAGCUUGAGGCGCGGGAUCCUCGCAACUCUAACUCGGUGUGCAUCGCCACGGUGAUGGGCAUGAUGGGUACUCGCCUACGCCUGCGCCUGGACGGCAGCGACAACACCAACGACUUCUGGCGGCUGGUCGACUCGUCGGACAUCCAGCCGAUAGGAACCUGCGAGAGGAACGGGGACAUGCUGCAGCCACCGCUGGGGUUCAGGAUGAACGCCUCUUCAUGGCCCAUGUUUCUCCUGCGGACGCUCAGCGGUGCAGAGAUGGCCCCCGCCUCUGCUUUUAAGAAGGAACCAGCAAGCCCUGCGAAGAACUACUUCCAGGCUGGCAUGAAGCUGGAGGCGGUGGACAGGAAGAACCCUUACUUGAUUUGUCCUGCCACAGUGGGAGAGGUCAGAGGUCAGGAGAUUUUUGUCAUGUUUGACGGCUGGCGAGGCGCCUUCGACUACUGGUGCCCCUUCGACUCCAGGGACAUCUUCCCCGUUGGCUGGUGCACCCUCACCAAACACAGCUUACAGCCGCCCGGAAACUUCUUUACCCUCCCUGGUGCGCUCCUUGCCCCCGUUUCUUCCGCCUCAGCAACACGUCGCUCCUCUUUCAACUCCUCCUCCUCCAUGCAGACCUCAUAUCGACUGCCCAACCCCUUGCCGCCCCUCCCUGUUCGCAAGGGCGUCCGAGGUCGCCGUCCCAAAUCCCAGACUAUUGCUCUGCUGAAGGCAGCGGCCGAGGCGGCGGCGGCGGCGGCAGUAAAUGGAGCAUCACAGAGCCCAGCCGGACCUGGCUCUGAGGCUCAGCUGGCCCCCAGACCACACAAGAAGAGAGGGCCCAAGCCUAAGAACAAGAAGAAGCCUCGGGUGGUGCAAUCCCUGGGGUCAUCAUCAGUUACAGCUCCUCCUCCCCCUCCAGAGACCAGAUUGAGCGCCGGCCAUGUCUCAGUGGACAACAGCCUUAGCAACAGCUCAAAUGUAGUUUGCACAGUGUGCGUCUAUGUGAACAAGCACGGCGACUACGGCCCACAUCUGGACCGGAAACUAGUGCAGCAGCUCCCGGACCACUUUGGCCCAGCUCCAGUCAACGCAGUGCUCCAGCAGGCUGUCCAGGCCUGCGUGGACUGCACAUACCAGCAGUCCGUCCUGCUGUCGUUUCUACAGAGCCAGUCCCAUACAGGAGGAGAGGUCAUCAGAGUGCGAUCGGAACAUGGUAUCCGCUACGUGAAGCUGCCCUCGGUGUCCAGUGCGUCUUCUGUGCUGCGGUUCUUGGAGAACAUGUGCCAACACCUGGAGAGUGACAGUUUGUUCAGCUCGCAGCCGUUUAGCCCGUACAGCAACAACACACGUUUCUACAACAGAGCCAAGUCAGAACCGUUGUCCCGCACCGAAAACGGCCUGCCCAAUGACGAUUCCCCCAAGGACCCCCCUCCCAGCACGCGUCCCCUCCACACCCCCUCGGAGUACAGAGCAGCAAAGAGAGAGCGGCCGUAUUAUCCCGGACACACACAAACUCCGCCGCCCCUGAGACGCGUCAGCUCCAACCCGUCUGAACUUGGGCAGAUGUGUGCGCACAGACGAGUGGAGGCAAGCUCAACAACUGGUCCAGACAAUGUGAAACAAGACAAGGACGGUUCAGCAAACAGCGCCUCGUCCUGGUCGGUCGACGACGUCAUACGGUUCGUCCAAGAGGCCGAUCCCCAAACUCUCGGGCCACACGUCGAACUGUUCAGGAAGCAUGAGAUUGACGGCAAGGCCUUGAUGCUGCUGCGCAGUGACGUCAUCAUGAAGUACAUGGGACUGAAGCUGGGCCCGGCGCUCAAACUCUGCCACCACAUCGAGAAGCUGAAACAGACCAAACCAUAGACACGAGGGAACUCCUGUUUGUCACCGGCUUCACACACACAGAACACACAUCACUCUACAGGGACGCGGUGCUGCGCAAAUCCUCCUGAACCAGGGACGCAACUAACAAUGAGGACGACUGAGGUCAUGGUCCCGGCUCUUUGGGUUAAUUUGGGAGUUUAACGAACGGAAGCGGGUUUCGGUUUUAGGUGGUGGCUGUUUCAUGGCCCGAGGCUGACGAGCGAACGGAUUUCAUUCCUCAGAUUUGUAUUCAUGGAAACGUGGAGGAGAGCAGCAUUUGAGACGUUCACGGUUCACAGAAAGUAUAAUUAAACAAUAACAGUGUACCUCAGUGUUUAUGAAAUCCUAGUGACUUCCCUGACCACAACACAUUUUCUUUUUUUUCUAUUUACAGAACACAGUUUAAAACAAACACACAUAGCACAAGAAAUCAUUAUUUGUGUAGCUGUAUCAUAUUUGACAUCUGAGCUUUUUAACUUUUAGCUAUCUUACUCACAUUUGUGUCUUUUUUUUUUUGCCUUACUAUCUAUAUCUGGAGCCUGUUAUUUAUCAGUCGUUAUCAGUUCACCUCUUCAUCACUGUAGGUUUUGGAUCUUCAUUUCUUUUUUGUCUGUUUCUCUAGUCAGAAUUUCAGGAUGGACAUUCUGCACUAAAGACUAGGAAAGCUAGUUCAGGUACAGUCAGUGAACGCAUCACUGCAUCAUUUCUAACUAACACAGUACAGUUUUGAUGUGCGUUACAUACUGUCAUAUGUAGUUUAUGCAUGCCAGCGUAUGUAUGGGGUCAUGAGCAUUAUCAGUAACAGGUACUGGACAACGGGAGCGCACCGGUUAUGUGAGCGAGGAUCGCUGAAGGUUUUCGCGUUGGAGAAAUCUUGUUCCUUUAAGUCAGUCGGUGAAAAAUAUAUCUUGUCCCCAAAAAGUCCCGAAUUAAGUUUAGUAGACUGGGUACCAGUUUCUUUUAAAUGCUGACUAUCAACCUUUUUUAUUAGUACGCACAACAGAGUGUAGAUGUAAAAACAAAAAAAAAAAUAAAAAUACAGUUAGUGAAGAAUAAUUUCUCUUUCAUUUGGAUGCUGGAAGACAUUCGAGCUGGUUGGGCUCAGCUUGAGCGCUGUGGCCACAUGAUUGUAUUACGCUUCGACAGUCAAACAAAUACACAUGCGUGCACGCGCGCGGCACACAUAUAGACACACACAUCCGAUGACUGGAAUCCUGCAAGUGUUUUGAAAUUAAAAAAAAUGAAAGUAGAAUAAUUGAUGGCCGAGCUGCGAGAGCUGUACAGGAAGUUCUCCUCUCCUGGGAGACGGUGACUGAUAGAGAAACUGUUUUGUAUAAAGUUGGUUGGUUUUGAUAUAAUUUUUGUACUAUAACAAAGUGUUUCAGCCUGUUUGUGUAAUCAUUCGUUUCUGCCUGAAAUAGUUUUUGUGUGCACCGUCAAAUAACUACCUACAAGACGAUAUCGUGUUACGAAAUAUUUAUCUGUUUUUUUGUUGUUGUUUUUUUUUGUUUUUUUUUUUUCUUUUAUGGCAGAAAUUCUCAUUUUCUGAACAUUUCAGAACCAUUUUCAAACCAAAUCCUGUCUGUCGUAGCUGCCUAGCUGCAUUUCACACUGUUGCUCUCCAGUAGUGGUAACAAGUUGAUACUUGAAGCCAACUUGCUUUAAUGUGAAACUCAGGUUUUUAGUAGUUUGUUUUACAUCAUUAGCAUUUUGUGGUCAUUACUACGACAUAGAGGGACUGCACAAUAACCAACUAUGUAUAAUAUUUUUAUGCCUUGUCGAUUGUCAUCUAUCACUUUGCAUUAUUUCAUGUGUGUGUAUAUAUAUAUGACUUUUUACGAUGUUUGUUAAAUAUGUUUGAUAUGCAUUCACACAAUUAAACCUUUGUUUACAUCA